AUGCCCUCCAAUAUGACAUCCUCCAACACUCCUGACCACGUCGACGUCCCCGUCCUCAUCUCCGGCGCUGGGCCUGCAGGCCUCUUUGCUGCAAUCCUGCUCACGAAGCUCAACGUCCCCUGCCGUAUCAUCGAACGCCAACUCGAAGUCUCGCCGCUCUCCAAGGCCCUUGUCAUCCAUGCGCGCACCAUGGAGAUCUUUGCCAUCACCGGUAUCCUCAACAGCUUCCUCGAUCGCGGCCAGCGUCUCACGGACUUUCAUGCCUACAUCGGCUCCAAGUUAACUGCAGUCCUGCCCGCCCUCUCCAACAAGGAGUCCCAUUACAGCUUUGGUCUGUUUCUGGAACAGCUCCAUACGACCGCGACCUUGACAGAGGAGCUUGAGGCCUUGGGUAUUAAGGUCGACCGUGGUUGGGAGCUCAUGGAUACGAAGGUCGUUGAGGAGGGUGGGAAAUCUUGGGUCGAGACUAUGAUUCGACGGGCGAUCGUCGGGACGAACGUGCGACGGACAGAGAGUAAGGUCCUGGGUGUAGUCGAGGAGGAUCCUGAGGAGGAGGGCAAACGAUAUGAGACACAGGUCGUGAAGUCCGAAUACAUGAUCGCGACAGAUGGCGGCAAGUCUGUGGUGCGACACAAACUGAACAUUGGGUUCCCUGGACGGACUCUGGACAACAACAUGAUUCUUUAUGAUGGUCAUAUCGAAUCGGAUCUUCCAUUAAACGACCAUAUCUCGGUCAUUCAAGGAGCCAACAACCACACCAUGUUCGUGUUCCCGUUGCACAAUGGUCAAGUUCGAAUCAUGGUCGACAACGGCACCUUGACUCCCGAACAGCAUGCGGCCCUCAAGCCCGAGGACUUGACACUGGAGAAGUUUGAGGCACUCGCAGCUGCAUGCGUUGCACCAGCAAAGUUCAAGUGUUUGGACUCGACCUGGCUGACUUACUAUCGAGUUAAUGAGAGACGUGCGGAACAUUUUACAUACAAAAACAGGAUAUUUUUGGCGGGCGAUGCCUCCCAUGUGCAUUCUCCUGCAGGCGGUCAAGGGAUGAACACUGGAUUGCAGGAUUCGUUCAAUUUGACAUGGAAGUUAGCUCUUGUUCUUCAUGGCAUUGCUCCGGAGAAUAUCAUGGACACAUAUGAGGCCGAGAGAAAGCCUGUGGCGGAUGGUAUUAUCAAAUUAUCGGCAAGACUUCUCGAAGUCGGUCUGGCCCAGGACUUCGUCAGAAGAACGCUGAAGAAGAUCGCCUUCACUAUCGGACCAUACAUCCUCCCGUACAUUCCUGGCACUAAUCCCGUCAACAUGCUUGCGAUCCGAUACCAUGAAAAUGCUAUCAAUCAACGAUCCAAGUCGCAGGCUAGUGUUGACGAGGACUUCCAGGUCGGACAGCGAGCACGCGACGGUUGCCUCCGAGUGAUCAGCAAGCAGGACAUGGGCCUGCCUGCAUCGGAAGGCGAGUCAGUUCGUUUGCACGAGUUGUUGGUUGGUCCCGGCAUCUUCCACGUCAUCGUUUUCGCGUCGGACAUGCUUCCCUCCAUCGCCAACGGACAGCCAACUGCAAAAUCAACGAUCAAGGGUGUCGAGACAAUGGAUGCCUAUGAAUUGGCCAAGGAAGUGAAACAGCAUCUGAAUUCUUGGAGAUCCAGAUGGGCUUACAAACCUGCUUCAAAGAUCGCUGGACAAGGAGACCUCGUCCUUCCUGCAUCCAUUUCCGGUGGAUCAUCGACAACGACCUCGCCGAAUGCGUCUUUGGCAGCCAUCCCGCACGCCAGAAACCCAAGUACCUUGUUCAUGGUCCAUGUGGUGGCCGCAGAGUCCUCGAGUACCAGCGGCGACAAUACAUCGAUGGAGUUCAACCUGGAUAUCCUUACGGAGAACAAGGCUGGAGAGGGCAAGGUAUAUCUGGAUCAGCAGGGGCUGCUGCACCAAAAGUAUGGUGUUCUUGUGGAGCAUGGCCCGGGCGCAAUCGUGGUCGUCAGACCAGAUUCGCAUAUUGGGUACCGCGUGCUUGGAGCCAACAAGGCUGCGUGGGACGAGAUUGACCUGUACUUGGAGUCAAUCCUUGUCAAGCAGAAGAGCACAGAUGAAAUAGAGAAUGAUAAGUAA